AUGCGGUCUUUAUCCCCUGCACUCGCGUCCCUUGCGAACGUCUUCCGAAUUCCUCUGUCACUCGCUCCAGCCCGCCCGACUAUUCUCGGGGCCUGCCAUGAGACCCUAGCCCGCCGAACACCACAACCCGGUCCCAUCACCGCCGCCGUUCAGUCGGCGCCAUUCUCGUCUACAAGUUCCCUGGCGAAACGCAAGGGUAAAGGUCCUAAUGUGGACAAGAGAAUCACGCUCAUCCGCUAUUUCCUGCACCACCCUCUCACUCCUCGUCCCCUCCGCUUCUCUCGAAACCGCUACCUCCGCCAUUGGACCAUCCACCGCGCUUGGAACCUGUUCCAGGCUAAGCAGCGCCGUGCCCAGGAGCUUGAGCUUGAGCGCCAGUACCAGAGCAUGCAAUCAGCCUGUGAAGAGCUGCGUACUGGGGCUGGUGAUGGUGGUAGACUAUUCCGGAAGUCGAUGAUCAAGAAGGGCAUUUUCACUGAUAUGUUCCCUAUUGAAUAUGGCCGUAUGCAGACUGACUACCCACCGGCCGAGGGGUGGAACCAUGAUUGGAAGCGCAUCGAGAAGAAAUAG